AUGCUCCAAUAUGUCUCUGAAGGGUCACAGCGCUGGGUUGCUGCCACUGCACCACUUCGCAAUGGAUCCACAUCUGAGAAGAAGAGAAUACGGCAAACAAUUUCUCGUGGAAAGAUCUUCGCAGUCCGAAUUCCAUAUCACGAGAUACUCAGAAGGUCCGCCGCAUCGAACAAUCACACCAAGCCGCAAGAGCCCAAAGGCGACAGCGAUCCAGCAACUACGAUGGCAGAGCAACCCACGUCUUACUCUGCGUUCAAUGGCACCCAAAAGCUACUGCUCGCCUACGCAGCCUCCAUCUCCGCCACAUUCUCAGGCCUCGCAUCAUUCAUCUACUACCCAGCCAUAUCAGCCCUCGCGCGAGACUUGCACACAUCUACAGCCAAAAUCAACUUCACAAUAACCUCUUACCUCGUGGUCGCGGGGCUAGCCCCCUCCAUUCUCGGCGACAUGGCAGAUCGCAUUGGACGGCGUCCCAUCAGCCUCCUGGCUAUGCUUCUAUUUCUAGGUGCUAAUAUUGGAUUGGCUAUCCAGCAUUCUUACAGUGCACUAGUCGCGUUACGGUGUCUACAGAGCGCUGGUGCGUCGAGCACAAUUGCAUUGGCUUAUGGGAUUAUUUCGGAUAUUUCUACGCCUGCGGAGCGAGGGUCUUAUAUGGGUAUAUUGAUGGGGUUUACAAAUGCGGCUCCUUCGCUGGGACCUGUGCUUGGUGGUGUCCUCGCGGAAAAGCUCACAUGGCAUUGGGUCUUCUGGUUACUGACUGUUCUAUCUGGCGUGCAUCUGUUCGCCUUGUCUGUCUUUCUACCGGAGACUUCGCGGAAGCUGGUUGGUGAUGGCAGCUGGGCACCACAGCAAUGGAUGAAUAAGUCAUUUGCGUCUGUUAUGUUUUCCCGCAAGCCUCGAAGGCCAGUGAGCGAGCAGAAGGCACAGAUAUCUGUUCCCAACCCUUUUCAUUGUCUCGUUGCGUUAGUCAACCGUCAUAAUUUCAUGAUUAUUCUUGUAGGCGGUAUACAGUACACCAUCUUCGGAUGCCUUGCCGCAUCGCUGUCAGUUCAGAUGAUCGACAUCUAUUCCUUAAAUUACCUGACUGCAGGCCUAGUGUACUUACCAUCUGGUGUCGGUGGUAUCGUGGCUGCAUACCUGACUGGCAGGCUUCUUGACUACGAGUAUCGCUUGACUGCCCGAAAGCAUGGCUUGCCAGUGAAGAAGGCGGACAGUGAUGUGCAAGCUACAAUCUUGUCAGAUGCACUCUUGGAGGUGUUGGAGUGGCUGUCCUACAACCCAUUGUCCGACAACUGGGCAUCGGAUGGUGCUUCACGAUCUUCGCAGUAG